GAUUCGGUGACGCCGCUUUCUUGGCUCCUCUCUCUCUCGUCUUCCUCUUCUUCUUCUCUCUCGGUCGCUUUGUUUGGGAGAGAAAAAAAAGGGGGAAGAAAAGAGGCGGAGAGAGAGAGAGAUAGAGAGAAAGAGGACGGGUUUCAUUCCUCGAAUCGAGGCAACGAAGCGGCGUCCGGCAGUUUCGCGGGGGCUGGGGAACAUCCCAGCGCUCGGGGAUUCAGCGAGGAGGGCGGCAGCGGGUGAAAGGCGAGGCCUUUAAUUCGCGCCGUUCUUCUCUCCUGACGCGUUUUGCUGCUUCAUUAAUGGGGUGAACUAAAUGCCUGAGGGAGCGCCCAAGGGUCGCACGGGAGGUUUCUCUCCGUUGUUCGGCCGCCAAAUUCGACCUUACUCACGGUGGUGAAGGAAAAGCCGGUGCUUUUGGAGCGCUUGAGUUGGUAUCGUGGCCGCGCGGAUCGGAGUCUCGGCUGAGCGAUAUGCUGAAGAAAGGUGAUACGCUGUACGAAGAGCUGUGGAGGGCGUGCGCGGGACCUCUGGUGGAGAUUCCCCGGGUGGAUGAGAGGGUGUUCUACUUCCCCCAAGGUCAUCUGGAGCAGUUGGAGGUUUCGACAGAUCAGGAGUUGAACCAGCAGAUUCCGCUGUUCAACCUUCCUCCCAAAAUACUAUGCCGCGUUGUCAAUGUUACUCUAAAGGCCGAACCCGACACUGACGAAGUCUAUGCUCAAAUCACUCUGAUUCCUGAGUCAGACCAAAACGAGCCUACCAGUCCUGAUCCAUGUGUUCUGGAGACGCCGAGACCGGUGGUUCAUUCCUUCUGUAAGAUAUUGACAGCUUCUGAUACAAGCACCCAUGGUGGCUUCUCGGUUCUUCGUAGACAUGCCACCGAAUGUCUUCCUCCUCUAGAUGUAUCACAACAAACCCCCUCACAAGAAUUGGUUGCCGAGGAUUUGCACAGUUUGGAAUGGCGAUUUAAACACAUAUUCAGAGGUCAACCACGGCGACAUUUGCUCACAACAGGAUGGAGUACAUUUGUAGCAUCAAAGAGAUUAGUCGCUGGUGAUGCAUUCAUCUUAAUGAGAGGGGAGAAUGAUGAACUGCGGGUUGGAGUGAGGAGACUCGCCCGCUGCCAAAACACUCUGCCAACAUCUGUGAUGUCUAGUCAUAGCAUGCAUGUUGGAGUACUUGCCACUGCAUCACAUGCCAUUUCAACUCAUACACUUUUCAUGGUGUACUACAAGCCUAGGUGUAAUCAGUUCAUUGUUAGUCUCAACAAGUAUCUGGAGGCAACUAAAAAUGAAUUUGCAGUUGGGAUGAGAUUCAAGAUGAAAUUUGAGGGAGAAGAUGUUCCAGAGAAAAGUUUCACCGGUACUGUAAUUGGAAUUGGAGACAUUUCUUCACAGUGGCCAGGUUCAAAGUGGAGAUCAUUAAAGGUGCAUUGGGAUGAAGCAUCUAGCAUUCAGAAACCAGAGAAGAUCUCUCCAUGGGAUGUUGAGCCUUUCGGUCAACCCAUCUCUGCUUCUGGUGAUCCUCAGGCAGCCUUUUCCAAGAAGAGAGCUCGGUCACCCUUGGACCUCCCUGGCACUGAACCUAGUUCAACUUUUAGGCAUCCUGUUGAGGACCAGAUGUUCGACCUAAGACCACCGAACAGCAUUCGGUGACGCCGCUUUCUUGGCUCCUCUCUCUCUCGUCUUCCUCUUCUUCUUCUCUCUCGGUCGCUUUGUUUGGG